AUCGAAUUAAUUUUGCGCAGGCGUGAAGCGGUGAAAAACAAACGAAGGCAAAGCGAAACACAUGCAGAACUUGUUGAAGUUGUUUAUUGUCAUACGGAGUUUUAUACGGCAAAAUGUCUCUUCCACCGGAGAAAAUCACAGAGCUUAAGCAAAUAAUCCAUUCCCAACUAAAUCAGAUGGACAUACAGAACAAAAUCCGAGACAUCCUCUCCGACACGAUACAGCAUGACUUCAUGGGCCAGCAUGGUAAAGUGGGAGAAGAGGAACUGUUACAUAAACUGAAACAACAAGGACUUGUAGAUGACAUUCUGCAUCAGCUGCAAUUCAGAGGUCAGCAAGGGGGCACAACUCCAGCAACUCAUUUCUUGGACAAGGAUGAUAAAGUAACUCAGUUACCCACAAAGAAAGUGAACAUAGACCCAACAAGAAGAUAUGUCUAUUUCCAAAUAAAAGGAGGUAAAGCGUUCUUGGAACACAUUGAUGAAAGUGACCCCAUGCCUGGACAAGUGUCAUCCUUCUUCACAUUUCAUAUUUACUUCCGGGGUCAGCGGUUCAAAUCCCGUCCCAUUCCUUGUGCAUGUGAACCUACCAUAGAUGAAGGUUUUCUGCUGGAACUCCACAAAGAGUCAUCUGGAGAAGCAGGAAAGAUGGCAGAUGCUAGCACCAUGUUGUCCAUCAGUGAUCCCAUCCACAUUGUUCUGAUCAAGACAGAAGCCUCGGGAGAGACCAGUCUGGUGUCCUCUAACUUCUUUGAGUGGAGAACGGUACUGGCCUCCUCAGGAAACAGAAUAUCCAUGAUGUUAGAGCUCAAAGGAACUGGAAAUGAAAGCAAGGUGCCAGCUGGAGUCAUUGAGAUUAUGAUGGAACUUUUCCCCAAGUCUACAAAAAAUUUUGGCCAGGAUGUUGUAGCGGCACAGAUAAGCCUCGAGAAAAGCAGACAGGCAGAAAGGGAGCGGCUGUUCUUAGUGUAUGCCAAACAAUGGUGGAAGGAAUAUCUGCAAAUCAGACCAGCUCAUCAGGACAGACUGGUCAAAAUAUUUGCUCAGGAUGAGAAUAUGGUGAACAGACCAGUCAACUCUUACCUGAAGCCUUUAAGGGGAGGUCGACUACUGGAUUCAGCAAGACAUGCAGCAAGAUUUGUCAGCCUUAUACACCAUGAGAAAAUUCAGUCGUUAGGGGCUGGAGGCAGAACAGAACAGUGGAGUAGUGUGCAUGCGUUCCUGUGUAGAAACAAAGGGGACUGUGAGGAUCAUGCCACACUACUCUGUAGUCUUCUUCUGGGCUUUGGACUGGAUGCCUAUGUCUGUGUGGGAACAAAAUCUAAGGGUGCUGUCCAUGCUUGGGUGGUCACUAUCAGCGUGGAGGGGACUAUUGUUUUCUGGGAGAGUCUGAAUGGACACAGGUACAUACAUUUACCAAUUGACCCAAAUGCCCCACCAAUGGACAAACAGCAUCGUCCAAAGUACCCAUACAAGACAGUUGGAUGUGUGUUCAAUCAUGUCUCAUUUUAUGCAAAUAACCAGCCAUCAGAUUCAGUGGAGGUAUGCAAAUUUAACCUGAGUAAUGAAGCAGACUGGAAAUCAAUGUCCCAGGAUGCCAUCCUCUCAGUGUGUGGGCCAGGAACCUCCCCUACGUGGCCUACCAUGCCUCCCCUAUGUGCCUCCAGCCUGGACUCCUCCCUUGUCAGCAAUGACCUUGAACAACAGUUAAGGGUCAUGGUGUACGAACACAGGAGGGAUUUGGGGCUCACCACCAAUUUUGAUGACCAACUUAGCUAUCUUCUGACACCAGCAUUAGCAGCUUAUGAACUGGAAAGAGUCACAGGAAUCACAGCAGGAAAUGAAGAAUUCCAGGAUUCCAUCAAGCAAGCUGUACCAGAUGGCCAUACAUUUAAGGGUUACCCCAUACAGUUCUCUCACAGAAAUGCCAGACGAACUUUUGCCACAUGUUUAAAGUCUCCGGUGUGUGAAGAAAUCAUCAAUUGUAGAGGAGACCAUGUUCGUCUUGGCGUACGAGUUAAAGUUUACCCUUACCCUGAAAAUGCAGUAGCAACCUGGGUCAUGUUUGCAUGCAAAUACAAAUCAAUCUUAUGAGCAUGUCCACCAAAGAGAGUAAAUAGAUUUUAUAUUUUCGUGAGUGCACCUAAUUGUCCAUGAGAUUUGAACACCUCAGUGUCAUAUUUUGGUAAGAGACAAAUAUCCAUUUCUGAAAUAUUUGUGUAAAACAUCAGGACAAAUGGGUAAAUAUUUGAGAAUCUUUGUAAGGUAUUAGUUAUAGGUAUGAAAACUUUUAUUGAGUAAGUUCUACAAAGCUUUACUUUGUUGGCAUGCAAGUAGUUUGAUCCUGAUUUAUCACAUAAACAUUUAACAAUGCUUCACCAUGUGAAAUUACUUUCUGUAGAAAUUUUUUAAAUGCACUGCUUAUAUCUGAGAUGAUGUGAGAUCCUGUUGACAAAGUUUAACAAGGAACCUGAAAUGGUAUGGAAGUGAAGAGUAGAAAUGGUCUUCUUAAUUGAAAGUAUGAAAGAGCUCUGUACAUACAUCAUGUAUUAGUUUGUGAAUGAUCAUGAGAAAUACAUGUAUAAAUGAAAGCUGCAAGGUAUGUUUUAGUCUUCAUUUAAAGAUUUAAGGGUACAAACAUUUAGUACUGUGCCAGUUUUGUUUGUUUUUGCUUUCUUUGAUAUUCUCUGUGAUAUACUUGUUUAUUUUUUCAUGACUGAAUAGUGCUUCAAGCUUUAAGGUUGUUGUAUGUUGCAUGUAUUUUAUACAAAAUAUGAAGUAUAUAUCAUCAUUUAAUGAUCAAGUGUAUAGUGUCUAGUUAACUUUAAAUAUGCAGUCUUUAAUAACAUGUAAAUCCUUUAUCAUUAUGAUAAUACAUGUAUAUCAUAUGAUCAGUAUGAUGAUAUAAUAGAUGGAACAAAAAAUACUGAUACUGUUAGAAUCUGUUUUUGUUGUCAAUUUUGUUUUAUUGAAAGUACAAAUAUAGUAAUAAAUCGUUUUACAUAA